AAUAAUUAAAUAUUUUAAUGAUUUAAGGUAGAUAUGGUGUUGGAAAUAGAUCAAGUACUUCUUAAAGCUAAAACUAAUAAAAGCCUGCAAAAGGAUUUUGGGGAAAGUUAAUAAGAUUUUUCUAAACAGGGUGGUUGAAUCCAAGAUAUCUUUAUAGAUAAUCAAGAAAGUUAUUAUGGGUUGGAACAACAGGUAUAAAAUAGUGAUAAAAUGAUAAGGAUUGAUAUUUUUAUUAGCUCCAUUUGCGUUUUCACACUUUUUAGAAGUGAGCGAAGAAUUAUCAUAGAUUUCAAGAAUGGGUGCAUAAGAAAGUAAAUGAAUUAAGAUAAUAAUAUAUAGUGAGCAAAAUUUGAUGAAUGAUUAUUAUAAUAUAUGUUCAGGGAAUAUUUUAAAUUUAGGAAAAAGAGAG